AUGAAAAUUCAGAGAGGUUAUCUGGUAUACUGGACAAUUCAUCCGGAAGGCAUAUCCGGUAUGCUGGAUACAGAAGGAAUCAAAAAAGGGAAAAGGCAUCCGAAAGGUUAUACCGGUAUGCCCGUUGAGGCAUCUGAAAGGCUAUAUUGGUAUGCUGAAAGGCUAUAUUGGUAUACCGAAUUGACUAACCAGUAUGCCGGACUCCAAAUGAAGCAAGGUCAAAAGGUUAGGCACACCGGUAGACCGCUUAAAAGGCUCCGGUCUAUUGGACACUGUGAAUCUGCCUACUGGACACUGUGA